AUGGAUACGGCGAGCGGAGCAGGCGCUAAACCGGUGCCUUCACAACCCGAGAGUGUUUUUCUGUCUGAGCCGCGGAUCUACGACAGGCGAGAGAGGAAGCCAGACUGUCACAGGGAUGGGGACCGGAUUAAGAGGACCACUGAGGAACCCCGGGGUCAAGGCCGAGUCGCGAAGUCCAUAAAGCCUCCUCCUGGCUCCCUGCGAAGACCACUCAAUAAGUCUGUCCAUGACCCGGUGUGUUCACGGCUCGUCUCUGCUCCUCACUGUUGUUCUUUCUGUCUGUGGAGGCCUCACGCUGCGUCAUCACUGUUUACCUUCUGCACGGCCCGACUGUCCCAGGACUGUGUGUGGGCCGGACCCCCCCAGGACCUGCUGUUAGGAACACAUGACCUCUGA